CCUCCUCCUCCUCCUCCCCUUCCUCCCCCUCCUCCUGCUGCUUGGAGCGGCCUCGGCGCGCGCGAAUGCGCGGCCCCGAGCGCGCCUCCCCCGCGCGCGCUCCUUCCGCGCGCGCGCACACACACACACACACACACGCACACACACAUACACACACACACACACACGCGCACACACACAUCGUCUCCAGCUCUCUGCUCGCUCUGCUCGCAGUCAGACACUUGAGCACACGCGUACACCCAGACAUCUUCGGGCUGCUAUUGGAUUGACUUUGAAGGUUCUGUGUGGGUCGCCGUGACUGCAUGUUUGAAUCAGGUGGAGAAGCACUUCAAGGCUGGACGAAGUAAAGAUUAUUGUUGUUGUUGUGUUUUUUUGUUUUUGUUUUUGUUUUUUUCUGUCUCUCUCUUAAGAAAGGAAAAUAUCCCAAGGACUAAUCUGAUCGGUUCUUCCUUCAUCAGGAACGAAUGCAGGAAUUUGGGAACUGAGCAGUGCAAGUGCUGAAGAAGGAGAUUUGUUUGGAGGAAACAGGAAAGAGAAAGAAAAGGAAGGAAAAAAUACAUAAUUUCAGGGACGAGAGAGAGAAGAAAAACGGGGACUAUGGGGAGAAAAAAGAUUCAGAUUACGAGGAUUAUGGAUGAACGUAACAGACAGGUGACAUUUACAAAGAGGAAAUUUGGGUUGAUGAAGAAGGCGUACGAGCUGAGCGUGCUGUGUGACUGUGAGAUCGCGCUGAUCAUCUUCAACAGUACCAACAAGCUGUUCCAGUACGCCAGCACGGACAUGGACAAGGUGCUGCUCAAGUACACCGAGUACAACGAGCCGCACGAGAGCCGGACGAACUCAGACAUCGUGGAGACGUUGAGAAAGAAGGGCCUUAAUGGCUGUGACAGCCCAGAUCCUGAUGCAGACGAUUCAGUAGGUCACAGCCCUGAGUCUGAGGACAAGUACAGGAAAAUUAACGAAGAUAUUGAUCUAAUGAUCAGCAGGCAAAGAUUGUGUGCCUUGAACAAGAAAGAAAACAAAGGCUGUGAAAGCCCCGAUCCCGACUCCUCUUAUGCACUCACCCCACGCACUGAAGAAAAAUACAAAAAAAUUAAUGAAGAAUUUGAUAAUAUGAUCAAGAGCCAUAAAAUUCCUGCUGUUCCACCUCCCAACUUUGAGAUGCCAGUCUCCAUCCCAGUGUCCAGCCACAACAGUUUGGUAUACAGCAACCCCGUCAGCUCACUGGGGAACCCCAACCUUUUGCCACUGGCCCACCCUUCUCUGCAGAGGAAUAGUAUGUCUCCUGGUGUAACACAUCGACCACCGAGUGCGGGUAACACAGGUGGUCUGAUGGGUGGAGACCUCACAUCCGGUGCAGGCACCAGUGCAGGGAACGGGUAUGGCAAUCCCCGAAACUCACCAGGUCUGCUGGUCUCACCUGGUAACUUGAACAAGAAUAUGCAAGCAAAAUCUCCUCCCCCCAUGAAUUUAGGGAUGAAUAACCGUAAACCAGAUCUCCGAGUUCUUAUUCCACCAGGCAGCAAGAAUACGAUGCCAUCAGUGAAUCAAAGGAUAAAUAACUCCCAGUCCGCUCAGUCAUUGGCUACCCCAGUGGUUUCCGUAGCAACUCCUACUUUACCAGGACAAGGGAUGGGAGGAUAUCCAUCAGCCAUUUCAACAACAUAUGGUAACGAGUACUCUCUGAGUAGCGCAGACCUGUCGUCUCUGUCUGGGUUUAACACCGCCAGCGCUCUUCAUCUUGGCUCAGUAACUGGCUGGCAACAACAACACCUACAUAAUAUGCCGCCAUCCGCCCUCAGUCAACUGGGAGCUUGCACUAGCACUCAUUUAUCUCAGAGUUCAAAUCUCUCCCUGCCUUCUACUCAAAGCCUCAACAUCAAGUCAGAACCUGUUUCUCCUCCUAGAGACCGUACCACCACCCCUUCGAGAUACCCACAACACACGCGCCACGAGGCGGGGAGAUCUCCUGUUGACAGCUUGAGCAGCUGUAGCAGUUCGUACGAUGGCAGCGACCGAGAGGAUCACCGGAACGAAUUCCACUCCCCCAUUGGACUCACCAGACCUUCGCCGGACGAAAGGGAAAGUCCCUCAGUCAAGCGCAUGCGACUCUCUGAAGGAUGGGCAACAUGAUCAGAUUAUUACUUAAUAGUUUUUUUUUUUCCUUGCAGUGUGUGUGUGUGCUAUACCUUAAUGGGGAAGGGGGGUCGAUAUGCAUUAUAUGUGCUGUGUGUGGAAAAAAAAAAGUCAGGUACUCUGUUUUGUAAAAGUACUUUUAAAUUGCCUCAGUGAUACAGUAUAAAGAUAAACAGAAAUGCUGAGAUAAGCUUAGCACUUGAGUUGUACAACAGAACACUUGUACAAAAUAGAUUUUAAGGCUAACUUCUUUUCACUGUUGUGCUCCUUUGCAAAAUGUAUGUUACAAUAGAUAGUGUCAUGUUGCAGGUUCAACGUUAUUUACAUGUAAAUAGACAAAAGGAAACAUUUGCCAAAAGCGGCAGAUCUUUACUGAAAGAGAGAGCAGCUGUUAUGCAACAUAUAGAAAAGUGUAUAGAUGUCUUGGACAGACCCGGCAAAGGGUGGCCACGGUUAAAUGUUAGGAACACAUCAGGUCACCUAACACCCACCCCGAGAUCGCUCACAAACCUGCAGGCACAUCCUUGGUGUAUGGCACUCAUGAGAAAGGAUCAACGACCAUUAAAAGAGGACCAUACCUAUUUUUAAAAAUGUGGAGUUUGAGGGCUAACGUAUUUAAUUAAAUAAAUAAAUAAAUCUGGGUCUGCAUCUCUUAUUAAAUAAAAAUAUAAAAAUAUGUACAUUACAUUUUGCUUAUUUUCAUAUAAAAGGUAAGACAGAGUUUGCAAAGCAUUUGUGGCUUUUUGUAGUUUACCUAAGCCAAAAUGUGUUUUUUUCCCCCUUGAUAGCUUCGCUAAUAUUUUAAACAGUCCUGUAAAAAAACCAAAAAGGACUUUUUGUAUAGAAAGCACUACCCUAAGCCAUGAAGAACUCCAUGCUUUGCUAACCAAGAUAACUGUUUUCUCUUUGUAGAAGUUUUGUUUUUGAAAUGUGUAUUUCUAAUUAUAUAAAAUAUUAAGAAUCUUUUAAAAAAUCUGUGAAAUUAACAUGCUUGUGUAUAGCUUUCUAAUAUAUAUAAUAUUAUGGUAAUAGCAGAAGUUUUGUUAUCUUAAUAGCGGGAGGGGGGUAUAUUUGUGCAGUUGCACAUUUGAGUAACUAUUUUCUUUCUGUUUUCUUUUACUCUGCAUACAUUUUAUAAGUUCAAGGUCAGCUGUCAAAAGGAUAACCUGUGGGAUUAGAACAUAUCACAUUGCAACACCCUAAAUUGUUUUUAACCCAUUAGCAAUCAAUUGGGUCAACUGACAUCCAUUGUAUAUACUAAUUAGUUUCUUUCAUGCUAUUUUUUUUUGUUUUUGUUUUUGCAUUUUUAUCAAAUGCAGGGCCCCUUUCUGAUCUCACCAUUUCACCAAGCAUCUUGGAAUUCAGUAAGUGCAUACCCUAAACUUGCCCAUAUCCUAAAUGAUAUGGUUGGUUUUCAGCCUAGAAUUUGAUAACGCUUUUAAGAAAUAUGCCCAGAAGAGAGAGCUGUGUUGGGGCACAUGUCCCGCCAAUAUAGCCCUAGAAACAAGUGAUAUGGAGUUUACUCUAUGCAUGAGUUAUAAAUUCCCACAGAAGAAAAAUGUGAAAGACUGGGUGCUAGAUAAGAAGGAAGCAGGUAAAGGGAUAGUUGCUUCGUCAUCCGUUUUUAAUUAUUUUACCUGACCCUUAACAAUCUUGUCAGCAAUAUAGGACUGUUGAACAAUCCCGGUGUGUCAGGACCCCCAAAUGUCACUUCUGCAUAAAGCAUGUAUGUCAUCUAUUUUUUCUUCAAUAAAGAGAUUUAAUAGCCAUUUCAAGAAAUCCCAUUAAAGAACCUCUCUAUGUCCCUUUUUUUUUAAUUUUCAAAAAAUAAUGAUGACUCUUGUCUAAUAUUCGUCUAUAAGGGAUUAAUUUUCAGACCCUUUAAAAAGUGAGUGCCAUAAAAGAAAGUUGAUAUAUAUUGUUUAAAAGAGAUUUCAGUCUAGGAAUGAUUUUCUCUUGGAAUGUGAAGAUCUGUCGAUUCAUCUCCAGUCAUACACAUUGACAUACACAGCAAAGAAGAUAGACAGUAAGAUUGACACUGCUAUAUCAGGUGUAGGACAUUUCUUAUCCAGUUUUUUCUUUUUCUUGCAUAGUUGCUAUGUGUUUCUCAUUGCAAAAGGCUGCCGCUGGGUGGCAAAAGCCAAGAGACCUUACUAACUAGGCUAUAUUUUUCUUAACUUGAUCUGAAAUCCACAAUUAGACCACAAUGCACCUUUGUUUCUAUCCAUAUAGGAUGCUAGCCUGCCUUGUACUAACGUUUUAUAUACUAAAUCAAACAAAAAAAAUCAAUCAUUUCAUAUAUCCCACUACUCCAGGUAUCCAUGGAACAUGAAAGAAAAACAUUUAUGCAGAGGAAAAACAGAAAAUCAUCCCUGAACACACACACACACGUACACAUCCACACAUAGGGGGAAAAACAGAAAAUUAUUUUCCUCGCCAUAAAUUUGAUCCCAUUCUUAGAACCCAUCCUUAUAAGUUGAUAUGUACAAAAUAUGCAAAUGUCACAAAUGUUCUUUGUCAUUUCAAAACUCUUUAUCAAUAACUUACCAGUGGGUGGGAAAGGGUCAUUAUGUGAAAAUAUGAAAAAAUAGCCAUAUUAAUUCUUUACGUGCAAUUUGCCUCAGCAAGAAAGAAAAAGUGAUUUUCUAACGCUGAAGAUAAAGUAAGCUAGAGUACCAGCAGAAGCCCUGGCUAUUUAUAGCAGUUCUGACAAUAGUUUUAUAAGAACAUGAAAAGAACAGAAUCACUUGAACAUGGAUGCCAGUCAUCUCUUGUUCCCACUACUGAAUUCAUAUAAAGUGGUGGCAAGAUAGCAAAGGGAUAAUCUGAGAAUUUUUUGAAGAUGAUUUAAUGAGAAGAAGCACAAUUUUGAUUGUGAUGAGUCACUUUCUGUAAACAAUCGCUGUCUAUCUUUACCCUUAUACCUUAUCUGUAAUUUACCAUUUAUUGUAUUUGCAAAGCUAGUACGGUUUUGGGUUUUUAUCAUGGUAAAUCCUUUGUAUUCAGGAGUUUAGGGCAGAGCCCUGAGGGAGUGUUAUUUUACAUAACCCAUCCUAGAGUAACAUUUUAGGCAACAUUCUUCAUUGCAAGUAAAAGAACCAUAAGUGGCAUUUUACACAGCUUACAAGUAUUGUUAUAUCUAAUCCUAUUUUAGAAGAUUUUUUGGUAAUAUUAAGCUUAAAUACUGGUAAAACUGAUGCAAUAUACGCAAGCUGCACAACCUGUAUGCAUUGGUGCGUGGAAGGCUGUUCAUUUCAACCUUUUUUAAAAUUGUGUUUUUUAGUAAAAUGGCUUAUUUUUUCCCAAAGGUGGAAUUUAGCAUUUUGUAAUGAUGAAUAUAAAAAUACCUAUCAUCCUCAGAUCACUUUAAGGUUAACUAAGGUGAAAAUUUUAAAAAGUUCCAAUACACUUUUUAAAAAAAAUGUCUGCCCUCUCACACUUUUAUGUAUUUAUUUUUCUUACAUACCCAUCUUCUAACUUAGAGAUAGCAUUUUUUGCCCCCUUUAUCCUUGUUUUUGUUUUUUACUCCAGAGAGUAAAUGCUUUGUAUUUCUUUCUUUAGAAAAAAAAAAGUUUUUUUUUUUUUUUAAAGAAGAAGCCGCCACUUGAACCCCCAAUAAAUGCUGUUGCCUAAGCAUGGCGUACUUCAUCUGUUCCCGUUUGUGCCGUCUGCUGUGAUGUCAUCACUUAUAUGGCGUUAAUUUCCUGCCACUACAGAUCUUUUGAAGAUGGAUGGAAUACUGGUGUCUGUUAGAAUGCUUCAGACUACAAGAUGUAAUUAAAGGCUUUUCUUAAUACGUUUUAACCAAAGAUGUGGAGCAAUCCAAGCCACAUAUCUUCUACAUUAAAUUUGUCCAUUUUGGUUAUUUUCAUAAUCGGGUAUUGCAUUUUGCCUUCCCUGUUCAUACCUCAAAUUGAUCCAUACCUCAGUUUAAUUCAGAGAGGUCAGCUAAGAGACGGAUUCUGUUGUGGUUUGAAUGCAUUACCAGUGUUCUCUUGGAGCGAAGCAGCCCUGGGUCACUGUAGGCAUAGGACUUGGAUUGCUUCAGAUGGUUUGCUGUAUCAUUUUUCUUCUUUUUCUUUUUCUGGGGACUUGUUUCCAUUAAAUGACAGUAAUUAAAAUAGCUUGUAAAUGAGGGCAUACAAGCAUUUGCAACAAAUAUUCAAAUAGAGGCUCACAGCGGCAUAAGCUGGACUUUGUCGCCACUAGAUGACAAGAUGUUAUAACUAAGUUAAACCACAUCUGUGUAUCUCAAGGGACUUAAUUCAGCUGUCUGUAGUGAAUAAAAGUGGGGAAUUUUCAAAAGUUUCUCCUGCUGGAAAUAAGGUAUAAUUUGUAUUUUGCAGACAAUUCAGUAAAGUUACUGGCUUUCUUAGUGA